AUGGUUAUCGGGUGUUGUACACUUAACAAUAUAUCGGAAGAUGCCAAAACUCGCAGUGAUGCCAAUAAACAGAUCGAGAAGCUUAUUGAAAAGGAAAAGAAGAACUUCAAAUCUACACACAGAUUAUUACUUUUGGGUGCUGGGGAGUCAGGGAAGUCAACAAUUGUGAAACAGAUGCGCAUACUACACAUAGAUGGGUUUUCAGAGAGAGAGAAAAAGGAGAAAAUAGAUGCAAUCCGUAAGAAUCUCCGUGAUGCUAUAUGUUCCAUAGCAGGAGCUAUGAGUGCCCUUAGACCACCGGUAGAGCUUGAACUCAGUGAAAACAAAAAGUUAAGGGAUUAUAUGUUAGAAACUGCAUCGAAACCAGACUAUGACUAUCCACAAGAAUUUUUUUCGUAUUGUGCCAAAUUGUGGAAGGAUGGAGGCAUACAGGAAACUUUCGAAAGGUCAAAUGAGUAUCAGCUAAUUGACUGCGCCAAAUAUUUCCUUGAUAAGGCAAUGGAUGUUGGGGCUUCGAAUUACAUCCCAUCUGAGCAAGAUAUUUUACGCUGUCGUGUACUCACCUCUGGAAUAUUUGAAACAAAGUUCAGCGUUGAUAAAGUCAAUUUCCACAUGUUUGACGUUGGUGGGCAGAGGGAGGAACGCCGCAAAUGGAUCCAAUGUUUUAACGACGUCACUGCAAUAAUAUUUGUAGCUGCGUGUUCCUCCUACAACAUGGUGCUGCGGGAAGAUCCCAGUCAGAAUCGUGUCAAAGAAUCCUUAGAACUUCUUGCUUCCAUAUGGAAUAACAGGUGGCUACGGAACAUAUCUGUGAUUCUUUUCCUCAACAAGCAAGAUUUGUUAACGGAGAAAGUUUUGGCCGGGAAGUCCAAAAUAGAAGUUUAUUUUCCUCAUUAUGCUACUUAUCAAGCUCCAGCUGAUACGUUGGCGGAAUACCGUCAUGAAAACUCAGAAGUUGUACGUGCCCGAUUUUUCUUCCGGGACGAAUUCCUUAAAGUAACAUCAAAUAAUAAUGGUGGACGCCAUUACUGUUACCCUCACUUAACAUGUGCAGUCGAUACAGAAAAUAUACGACGGGUAUUCAAUGAUUGUCGUGAUAUCAUUCAGCGAAUGCAUCUACGGCAGUAUGAAUUACUAUAG